UGUUUCGAGCAUGCGCGUUGUGAGGUCUGGCCGUGGAGAGACGUUAGUUUGUCAGAUCGGCGGGCGGGGAUGUGGGGUUAGCUGCCAAUCCUUUUAUUGCCCAUCCCUGGUUUUCCUUGAGAUAGUGGUAGUGAGUUGUCUUGCAGAACCACUGCUGUCCAAUAGUUAUGGGGUGCACCAACAAUGCUGCACAGGAGUUCCAGGAUUUGGUCCCAGCGUUGGUGAAGGAAAUGCAACAUAGUUCCAAGUCAGAAUGUUACCAGCAGAUACUGCCCAUCCACAGUUACUCGUGGAGAAGAUGAUGUUUGAUUAUCUUAAGUCACUGCAAUCCAUGUGGUGAGGGUGCUGCCAUAGUGCUGUAGGGAUUUUGAACAGGGACAAUUUGCAGUUGGGAGUCUUGAAUCAAACAUCCCAUCAAGAUAUUUGAGUCAUUCAAUUGAAUGUAACCUUAAAUGCCAUAGAAUUUUGAACAUGGAAGAAAAUAACACUAUUCACCAGUGCAGUCACACCGAGGAGCAACUGUUGAAGUGUGGUGUCAGAGAGGAGGGAUUCAGUUACCAACCUGAGCUGGACACUCAUCAAUAUACUCACACAGGGGAGAGGCCGUUAACCUGCUCUAUAUGUGGGAAGGGAUUUGCUCGAUUAUCUCAGCUGAUGGCACACCAACGAGUGCACAGUGGGGAAAGACCUUUUAAGUGCCCAGAUUGUGACAAAUGCUACAAAAGCUCUGGGGACCUGAAGUCUCAUUAUCGUGUUCAUACCAAUGAGAGACCUUUCAGGUGCUCUCAAUGUGGGACUGGGUUCAGGGGAUCAUUCCAACUCACUGUGCAUCAGCGAAUUCAUACAGGGGUGAGGCCAUUCAUCUGCUCCAUGUGUGGGAAGGGGUUCACUCAGUUAUCCCACGUAUUAAGACAUGAGCGAGUUCACACUGGGGAGAGACCUUAUAAAUGUCCAGAUUGUGAGAAGUGUUAUAAAAGCUCCGGGGAACUGAUGUCCCAUCAACGUGUUCACACUGAUGAGAGACCCUUCAGGUGCUCUCAGUGUGGGACUGGGUUCUGGCUGUCAUCUGAACUCAAUAUACACCAGCGAGUUCACACUGGAGAGAGGCCGUUCAUCUGCUCUGAGUGUGGAAAAGGAUUCAGUCAGUCAACCCAGCUAUUCACACACCAGCGAGUUCACACUAGGGAGAGACCAUUUACCUGCUCUGAGUGUGGAAAGGGAUUCACCCAAUCAUCUGACUUGCUGAUUCAUCAGCGAAUUCACACUGGAGAGAAGCCGUUCAAUUGCUCUGAAUGUGGGAAGAGAUUUACUACAUCAUCCCACCUGCUGAAACACCAGCGAGUCCACAAGAAGAUGCCGUGAUGGGAUUUUGCGGAUAGUUGUAUCCUGAAUGAACUGUUUGUUGGGAUCUGUUUUUGCUGAUGUUAACAAACUCCAGUCCAGUUAUAGGUGUUAGUAUUCUGCAUAG